UGGGUAUAGAAGCUUCCACCAGCCAACAACACCAGGCUACACACUGAGCGAGCUGAAUUUCACGCAACAAACGCAUCCAUCACAUACUGCUCUCUGACAGCCACCAACUCGAAAACAUCAUGGCACUAGUUACAACUUCCACCGUUCUACUUGACAGUGUAGGUAGACCGACUGCCACAUCUGUCAUUGUCAUCGAUGAGACCAAGGCGCCCGACGAGAAGAACGCAACUACUGAUGUGGCCGGUGUUUCUGCUGAUUCUCCUCGCGAAUCUGGAGCCGAAGCUACCGCUCCAGAUACGGCCGACGCUGCUGCCAAAACCACUGCCGAUGAUCUUGCUAUCGAAGGUACUAGGAGUGGUGAAGCGCAGCCGACUUCAACUUCAACGGAUGUUUCCAAGCCAUCAGCUGGUAUCUCUGCGGGUGCCAUCGCCGGUGCUGCAAUAGGCAGUCUUGUCUUCGGUCUCAUUCUGGGUGCGUUGGGUGCCUUCUUCCUUCUCCGAUCCCGAAAGAAGAAACACCGUCGCCAUCGCCACCGAGGCGAAUUCCUCGCAGCCGAGAAGCCACAAGGAUCUCCCAACUAUGACACAUCGCCGAGCACCGACAUCAAACUCGAACACUUUCUCCUCGACGCGACUCCCGAGAAAGAGCUGGUCUUGGAGCUGCAGGCUUUGGGAGAUCUGAUCCGAAUGCAUGUCGAAAACAACUACCAUCUUCAGCCGGUGCAGGCGAACCCAGCGGCCCUCACGUCAAGCAUCUUGAAGCUGGGAUUACCAUCGGCGUCUGCAAACGAGACUGCUAUUCUCUGCGUCAAUCCGCAGACGCGGGCAAUUGGUCUACGGCACCUCAUCUCUCAUGUCGCCUUUGUGAGCAUCGACUUCAACGCUCGAAGCCCGCUUUCGAUGCUUCCAGCGCCCAUGGCCGCUUUCCUCCAGUCCAUUCCUCCGAACCAACCCCGUGCUGGAAAUUCAGCUGAAACCUCGCUUGCCCUUUCCAAAUGGCGUGCUCUCUCGGCCUUCCUCCUCCAUCCGACCCGCGAGGAGCGAACGCCCCUUCCCCCGUCCGAGACGGCAGUUGUUCCACAGGCCCAAGGGCUGGCAGCUGCCCUUGAUACAGUUCUCAGCCACUUUGUCUCUCAGGAACUAGGGAGGCGCGAGGCACAGGCAGAUCAUCUGAAAGCCGUUAUGCUGGAGUUUACUAGCUUUGGGUACAUGCUGCUCUCGCAGCCUAUCGAUUGGCAGUUUAUUUACGAGGCCAGAACGGGGGCAAUUCGUCCCGUGUCUGUCCAGAUGAUCUCCGCCCCGCAGCCGAACAGCGCUGAACUCAACUCUCAAAACCUGAGAUCUGAUAGUAGCUUCAAGGCAACCCAGACUAUUAACGCCACUAGUCUGGCGGCAGUGCCGUCAAACCUCGCUGCUUCACAGUCGGCGCCUUCCAAUACGAUGGACUUGUUUUCUGCCCUGCGGGUAACAUACAGCCUAAUCAUCUUUGGCAUCGACGUCGCCCAGGUUCCCUCUACCGUCCGCCACAGCCUCGAGCUCGUGCGCACUUGCUACCAUGAUCUACAGCACCUCAUCGAACUACGUGAAACCUACCUAUCCCUUCUCGAAACGCGGCCGAUUGUUCUCGAACGAGUCAACAGCAUCAUCACCGCUGCUACAAACGGGCUGGCAGAGGUUUGUGCCAUUGUGGAGAAAUGCCGCCCCGAGGCGAACGAAGGGAAAACGCGUUUCCGCAGCCGCGUCGAGUGGAUUUUUGUCGAUGAGAAAGACUUCAAGGCGCAGGAGGGUGUCAUCAGUCGCCAUCAUGCAUCGGUACUGGCCGAGUUGAACUUCUUGCGUCAGAUUGCGCUGAUGGCGCCAGUGCCGACCGUGGCAGAUGAGAAGGGCGCUGCUGGAGACAAAGGGAAAGGGAACAAGGUGUUUGACAAUCUUGCGCUGUUUGGAGAUUUAAUGGGAGGUCCAUCUGGUAUACACAUCCAUCUUAACUGA